AUGCCGAUGCAACGUCUGAGAAUGUACCAAGUCGACACUCUGAGCCUGAGCAUUGGUUGCAGAAACAAGGUCAGACAACUACUAUCGGUCCUGUUGUGUUGUUGGAGCAAUGGUCUCUUUUGUUCCAGUUUGUCUGCCGUUUUUCAAGCGUUUCUUCCGUUCAGCUCACCACAUUUGCUCAGGUCGGCCGGUCGUCCUGGCAACAACACUGCCGCAUGCAUACAAAAUCUGGCGGAGGACGAUCCGGACACUCGAGCCAGUGUCAUCUUCUGUUAG